UGAGUUUGAAACAGGAACAAAAACCUCAUGUAGAAAAUGUGUAUUAAUAUUUCAUCAUCAUUAUUAUUAAUACGGACGGAUUGAAGAAGCUUCAGAAUUGUGUUUGUUUCUCCCGUGUGCACUGAGAUCUACAAUGAUGGAGGAUUUCUCAGACCUGGCGCUGCCUCCUUUGUUCGGUGGACACAUUCUGGAGGCAGAACUGGAGGCGGCGGGUGUGGAGUUAACUUCAGGAGGAACAGAGAUCCUGCAGAGUGGUGGAUCAGCACAGGUGGAACAGAAGGAAAUCAGAGAGAUGGAUAAGAAGAAAUACCACGCUCUCCACAAGAGGGUUAAAGAAAUCGAACAGGUGAAUGAAAAGAUCCUGGCUCGUCUUCACCACAUCCAGAGAUUAACUCGGCGAAUGAAGAAAGAGAGACGGUUCCUGAUGAAGACUCUGGACACGUACGGAGAUGAUUACAGGAUAGCUGCACUCACAAUACCACUGGAGGAUGAAGGCGGAGUCCAUUUAGACAAUGCACCUGGUGGAGAUGAUGACGGCUCCUCUCCCUCCGCUACCAACCAAUCAGGAUGUGUGGUGAAGAAAAAGAGGCACAGGGUUCCAAAGGAGAAAGAGAGAGAUGCUCAGGUUGAAUCUGAUCUGUGUGCGAUGACCGAGACACCGUUCCCACCAUUCCAGAGUCCGAACUCCCUCUCACACUGAGCUGAAGGUGUUAGAUUAGGAAUAUUCAGUUCACUGAUGUAAUCGACAGAAGCGAUGUGUUUGCUGUAUGAAGUUACUCUGUGGAAAAAAAAAAAAAGAAAGCUGUCUCCUAGUAACCGCAACAGUAGGGACCCCCCACCUGUGUGUUCAAGCUCCAAAUUGAGGGAAAACAUGAGCAGCUCCAGGAAAGCUCAUGGUUUAUUUGGUUCUCAGUACCUAAGCCUCACCAAUCAGUACUUGACCUAAACUGACUGAUUGAUUGACUGAAUAGGCACAAAUUCCUACAGAUACAGUAGGAAAUCUUGUGGAAGGCUUUUCAGAAAAGUGGAGACAACUUCCUAUUAAUAUCCAUGUUUCUGAAAUGUGUGAAAUGUGUCUAGAUACUUUUGACCAUAUAGUGUACAUCUUGAUGUGUAUUAAUCACACAUGCUGAUACUGUUGUAACUAAAUGAUAAAACUAAAUGAUUGUGUGGUUUGAGUUGUAUGAAUUUGUUUGUACUUCUGAUGCUGAACCGGUUACUUGUGAGCUACAUUAUUCUUCACUUCACGCAGUGAGAUGAGAAGCAGCAGCCACAGGAAUGUUGAUUGUAAAACUAUUUAUUAUUCAAAACUCUUUUCCACUCAUGCAGUCUGGUUUAUUGUGUUGUAUUAAAUGACAGAGAAGCGAACGGCGCAUUUUAAUAAAUCAGAUUGAAAUAAA